UCAAUUUGUAAUCAACCCUGUGAUUUGGAUUUUUUUUAUUUAUUUAUUGAUUCAACGAUAACGAUUUUUGUUUUAUUUCUUCACGUUUUUGAUUGAUUGAUUGACAAUCAUCUUCGUAUCAUAUAUAUUAUUCUUGGUAAGCAAAACCUAUAGCAAAGUGAUAAAAAGAAAAUUUGAAAAAAUCAAUAAAAUUCAUCAUUGUGUGGAUUUAAAAACGAUGACAGCAUCAUCAACACCCGAUUUAACGACAACAUCAACACCAACAUCAUCACCACCAUCAACAACAUUUGUGAUGAAUGGUACAACAACAACAACAACAACAAAUGAACAAUUAUCAACAACUGCUGUAAUCAUGAAUGGUACUGGAACAAAAUCAUCAUCAAUUUCAACUGAUUCAAUUAAUAAUAACAAUAAUAAUAAUAUUGAAAAAUCUAAUAAUAAGAAUUUUUCCAAUAUUCCAAAUGGUCAUCAUAAUUCAUCAACAACAAUGUUAAUGUCAAAUGGUGGUAGAAAAAUUCAUUCAACAACAAAAAUGUUGAAUGGUGAAUUAUCAAAUUAUAAUGAUAAUAAUGAUGAUGAAAAAAUCAUUACAAAAUCAAAUAUUGAUUCACCACCAGAAACACCAUUACCGGCUGCACCAUCAUCACCAAAUUUAUCAUCAACAGCGGUAUCAUCAUCAUCAUCAUCAUCUUCUUCGGCUCAUACAAUACCAACAGGUCCUAGUGCAUUUAAAGUUCCAGCCGAUAUUACUGUAAAACUUUUAAAAGGUCUUUUUAUUUUGCUCGUACAUUUGAUUGUCACUUUAUAUACAUUGAUUACAUGGCCAAUCUAUUAUUAUGUUCAAAGACCAUUUGAAGUAGUUGAAAAAUCUAAACAAAUUCGAUCGAAACAAAUGAAUCCUGAAGAUCCAAAAUCACCAUGGGUUGGUGAAUUUCCUGAAAAAUGGCCAUUCGUAUUGGAUAAAUGUGAAAAAAUUGAUGAUCUUUGUGAAUAUAUUGGUGAAUAUUUUUCAUUAAAAAAUCGUGCACUUGGAUCACGUCGUGUACUUAAAGAAUUUGUUGUACUUGGCCCUGAUGGUAAAACACCAUUACGUAUUGAUGGUCGUACAGUGAAAAAACGUGAACUAUCCGAUUAUGAAUGGAUUACAUUUGAAAAAAUGAUUGAACGAAAAAAUAAUAUUGCUCGUGGUUUUCAUUUGGCCGGUAUUAAACGUAAUGAACCGAUUGUUAUACUAUGUGAAACUUGUGCCGAAUAUUUUAUGGUUGAAUUGGCUAUUGCUCGUUCAGGUAACGUACAGGUGAAUGUUUUUGCUACGCUUGGUGAUUCCGGUAUUGCUCAUGCUAUACGUGAAACUAAUUCAAAAUAUAUUUUUACAUCAUGGGAAUUAUUGCCGAAAGUACGAUCGAUUAUUUCACAUUAUGAUUUUGGAAUCAAUAAAGUUAUCUAUAUUAAUCGUCGUGUUGAACAAACAACCCAAGAAAUGGAUAAAGAAGCGGCUGAAUUGAUUAAACCAAUCGGUUCUACGGAAUUUGUAUCAUUGGAAACAAUCGAAAAUGAUGGUCAAACACGUGGUGAGGAAGUUGAAGAUCAAUGUCGACCAAUAGGAAAAGAUGAAAUAUCUUAUAUAAUGUAUACAUCGGGAACAACUGGUAUACCUAAAGGUGUUCAAGCUACAUCAUCACAAAUGAUUCAUCUGAUGCGAACGAUAUUACCGGUGUUAAAAAAUGCAAUCGGACGUGCUCAUGAAGAAAUGUAUGUUGCAUAUUUACCACAAGCUCAUAUAUUCGAAGCAACAUGUGAAUUUUUAGCGUUGGCAUUGGGUGCACCACUUGGUUUUGCAAAUCCAUUUACAUUGACUGAUUCGGCACCAGGUCUGGCACCUGGUACUGAAUCUGAUCUACGUUUAUUAAAACCAACGAUUAUGAUUGCCGUACCAUUAGUAUUGGAACGAAUGCGUAAAGAAAUAUAUACAAAACUUGAAGCAAGAUCUCCAAUUUCAUCACCAUUAUUUAAUUAUUUAAUGGAUUAUAAAAUAAGAUGGACACAAAAAGGAUAUAAAACACCAGUUGUGAAUAAAUUAUUAUGUAAAAAAAUACGUGAACAAUUUGGCGGCCAAUUACAUUUGUUAAUUCUUGGUGGUGCGCCAUUAUCAGCCAGUCUACAAGCUUUGAUCAAAGCCGCCUUAAAUGUGACAUUGGUACAAGGUUAUGGUAUGACUGAAACAUUAGGCGCAUGUAUCUGUAUGGAUGAAGAUGAUCUCUCAUAUGGCCGUUGUGGUCGACCAUUAUAUGGUGUACAUGCAAAACUUGAUGAUUGGACCGAAGGUGAUUAUCGUGUUACAGAUAAACCAUAUCCACGUGGUGAACUAGUGAUUGGUUCAAAAGCCAAUUCGCUUGGCUAUCUAAUGAAACCCGAAAUGACAGCCGAAUUAUAUGAAAAAGAUGAUCAACUUGAUAUUACUUGGUUUCGUACUGGUGAUAUUGCUGAAAUACAUCCAGAUGGUACAUUCAAAAUAAUUGAUCGUAAAAAAGAUCUAGUUAAACUUGCCAAUGGUGAAUAUUUCUCUCUUGGAAAGAUCGAAUCAAUACUCAAAAAUUGUAGCUAUAUUGAUAAUAUUUGUGUGUUUGGUAAUGCAUUAGCUAACUAUCUGGUGGCCUUAAUCAUACCCAAUGCAAAUCGUUUUGGUCGUUUAGCUAAAUCAUAUCGUGUACCACGUUCGGAAGCAACUAAUGAUGAACGUUUGAAAAAAAUUGUUCUUAAAUCAUUACGUGAAAGUGGUCUUAAAAAUGGAUUGAAAAAAGCUGAAAUACCAACAAAAAUACAAAUAUUAUCGGAUGAAUGGACACCUGAUAAUGGAAUGUUAACAGCUGCAAUGAAAUUAAAACGUAGUAUGAUUAAAACAAAAUAUUCAUCAAUAAUAGAAGAAUUAUUUCAUGAUCCAGAAAAAGAUACAAAACAAUGAUCACACACACAAAACACAACACAAACAACACUUUCAAAAUAUGGACUGAAUAUGAGAAAGAAAGAAGAAUAUAUAUAAAUAUAUUUAUAAUUGUGUGUAUGUCCAUCAUCAU